AUGAACUACGUCGUUGAUCUACAAGUGCGAGGAUCAUCUCUGAGGGUUAUCAGGUGUAUGUUUAGAGAGGAGGAACAAAGUUCUUCCCUACAAUCUGGUUUUGACUCGAAACAAGAUAGCAGCAAAAAGUUAGGGGAAUUUUUGAAUCUUUUAAAAGCAGUUGUCAAGAGGAAGUUGGAAAGUUUCCCAAAAAAUCGUUUGAAGACUUCUAUUAUAACGAGUCAAGAGUUGAUGAGAGAAGGACAAGGAAGCAUCGAAAUUAGGGAUCCACCAACUGAGGCGCAACAACAUUUGAUUAGAAGCUUAGCGAAAGUUUUGUUACAUCAGUUUUCAAGUAUAAGUGGUACUGCUAGGACAGUAAAUGAGGGACAGGAUAAUUUGUUCCUAUCUUUGUUUGUCAAAAAAAUUUCUAUAGAGCAACUGUCUGUCGCUUACGUCCCCAUUAAAUUGAACUUUCAUGAGAAAAUAAAUUUGGAUCAGCACAUAGAUUCUAUUUUGGAAUCAGAAGGGAUCGACGAAUUAAACACUUAUCAGGUGGGUCCGGUCGACAAAUUCAUAAUAUAUCCUUUUUGCUGCCUGGAAGAGCAAGGGGAAGUGAAAAAUGGGAGCAUACUGUCCACAGAAUUCGACAAAAUUGACUUAGAAGUUGAUGAAGGUGACGAUUUUGAAGGAGAAACCUUAAACACUCGUACUAAUUCAGCGGGAAAUUUUGACACUCCACUAAGUAAGCAAACACUAAGCCUCGUGAAUAUAUCAUAUCUUCCGGGGACAAAUUUCGAAGGGCAAUGGGAAUCGUUGUAUUUUGGUAAUAAUAUUAAAGAAAGACUAUAUAGCUACGCAACUAUAUCCCUUAAGAUAGCGAGAUUCAAACAAACUGGCGACUUCAAUCAAGAAGACAUUAAAACGUUAAUAACAAAUAAUAAAUUACUCCUUGUUCAUGGCCCUCCGGGAACAGGUAAAACAACGUUAUGUAAAGCCCUUUGCCAAAAACUAUCUGUGAGGCGAGAAUUUUCUGCUGCUUACGAUACCAUCGAUACAAGCUAUAAGGGAAUUAUAAUAGAAUUGUCUUGUUCACGCAUCUUUUCUAAAUGGUUUGGAGAAUCAUCAAAAAAUAUAUCAGUAAUAUUUAAAGACAUUGAGGAGCUUUUAAAGGUCAAUGAGAAACAUGGGACCUUUAUAUGUCUUUUGAUAGACGAGGUUGAAGCAAUAGCAAGUUCAAGAACAAAUCUGUCAAAUAGGAAUGAAUCAACAGAUGGAAUCCGCGUUGUGAACACUUUGCUUACGCAACUUGACAGGCUGAAAAAAUAUCAUAACUUCCUGGCAUUAGCCACGUCUAAUUUACUAGAUUCAUUGGAUGAUGCUUUUGUUGAUCGAGCAGAUGGAGUUUUUUAUAUUGGAAAUCCAACAGCUGAGGGCAUUCUCCAUAUUCUAAGGGUUUGUAUAAAGGAGAUGAUAACUUUAGGUAUAAUUCUCUUUCACGCAAGAUCUUCCAGAUUCUCGUUCUUCGACAAAUAUCAGGACGUUCUGCGGAAAAUUGCAAUCAAGUGCUCGACUCUCGAUAUUAGUGGUAGAACAACAAGGAAAUUACCUUUGAUGUGUCUGUCCGAAUACUUCCGGACAUUUCCUGUAGAUGACGAUGAGUUUAUUCUGGCAUUAGCUAUGUCAGUGCGGAAGCUGGGCGCAGCGCGGAAGUAA